AUGAAUUCAAUAAAUAUAUGCGAAUAUGAAACUGAAUGUUCAAAAAUAGCAUAUUUUUCUUGUCACCAUUGUCCAAAAAGUUUAUGUCUUGAACAUCUUAACCAACACAAUACUUUAAAUAUUAUACGAGUACAAGAAUUAUCUAAUGAAUUGGAUGGAUUUGUAAAUCAUGUUUCAAAUCUUGAUACUCGAAAAACAUUUCAAAAUGCUCAUAAUAAACUUGAUGCUUGGAAAGAACAAAUAUCUGAUGACAUUGAAAGCAUCUAUAAAUUACAUUUAAAUGAACUUAGUUGCUUAGAAAAAGAAUUAAAUCAACAUUUAAAUAUCAUUAAAGAAUACGUAAGAUUAAAACUUUUGGAUUUAGGAACACAAUUAUUAACAGUACAGCGUAUUGAUGAAAUAUCUCAACGAGUACAAUUAUUACCGAUUGAAUACGAUCUAAAUCAACUUCGUCAAUUUUUUGAAUCAGUUCGAUGUGAACAAAAUAUCAAUAUAAAAAAUAUUUCUAUUGAUGCUUUAAUUAAUGCAUGUAAUGUAUUUUCAUAUCGACAGACAUUAUCGAAUAAUCAACUCGAACCUUAUCGAACAAUAUCAGUUGAAAAUAUGAAGAAAUUUGUAUCAAGUAAAAAUAAUGAAUCUAUUUUAUGGUUAGAUACUCAAAGACAAUUACAUUAUAUUAAUGAAAACUUUAAAACUCGUCUAUUAAACAUACCACAAACAUUAUUAACAUCUUCGAUUAUGUUAUCUAAUAAUCAUCAAAUAAGAAUAAAUGAUACCGAUAUUGUGGAUAUUAAAUGGUGUUCAUUUGCUGACGUAUUUCUCAUUCUUUUUCAACGAUAUUUAUUUUCAUUCAAUUAUAAAACAGAUCAAUUCACACAAAUUUCUAUUACACGAUACAAAGAUUACCCGUUAGGAAAGAAAAAAGGGAGACCAGAAUUUCGGCCCAUGAAAUUUUCGGCCCGUUUUCGGUGUAUAUCUUGUUUCAAUGACACAUCACUUUAUAUUUCAUAUUGUACGUCUGGUACUUGUAUUGAAUUAUGGAAAUAUUCACAUGAUAAUGGAAAUGAUAUUUAUUUGAAUGAGUGUUUUAAACAUUGGGAUUGUUUAACGAAUGACAAAAAUGAAUGGAUAUCACAUAUGAAUACAAUUUCGAAUUUACAUAUAGGUUUACUUAUUUGUAAAGGUUCAUCAAUUUAUAGACGUUUUGAAUUACGUGAUGAAAAUUUAAAUUUAGUAAAAAUAAUACAAUUAGAUAAUGAUUAUGUUGAUAGAUUUUUUCCAUUUCGAAAUGAUUAUUGGUUUAUUAAGAGUUUAUCUGGAAAAUAUUAUAUUUAUUCAAUAGGAAUAAAUACAUAUAAUUUAUUACCAUUUGAUUUCCCUUUUGGAUUACAAGAAUUUGGAAUUAAUUCAAUGAUUAUUGGUAUUGAACAAGAAAAAUUAAUAUUAUGUGAUAUUUAA